GAGACUCCAAAGUCCAUUGUUGUAAAUGAGCAGUGAGGAGCAGGGGGAGAGCCACAGACAUACACAGGACCUUAGCCACACAGUGUCUCUGCACCAGGGACAAGCCCAACCGCAGCUAGGUGCCUCACCCCAUAAGGAGCUUCACUUUGCUGUAGUAGGUGCCAGGACAGGGCUCUCAACGAUAGGUGCUUGCAACAUCCUUCCAGGACUACACACUGCACAAGUGCACCGCUCCCAGCUUUGCCGCUCCACCUCUAUAACAUCUUGAUUGUCCUGUUUAUCCUCAUGACCAGGGAGCUGUGAUUUUCCUCUGCACCUUGCUCUUGUCCCCAGCAGCAUGGGGAUAAUGUCUGUCCUCCGGACUUGCUGCAUGCUCCUGCUGCUAUGGAGGAGCAGUGCCCAGGAACUGCCUAUUAAUGGAGUCAAUGGAUACAGCCUGCACCCACCUUACUUCAACUUGGCAGAGGGAACCAAAAUAUCGGCCACUGCCACCUGUGGGGAAGGGGAAGGUGGCCGACCAUUGGAGGACCUGUACUGCAAACUUGUAGGAGGGCCAGUGUCAGGAGACCCCAGCCAAACUAUCCAGGGACAGUACUGUGAUACAUGCAUGGCUUUCAGUGGCGAGAAAGCGCACCCAAUCACUAAUGCUAUUGAUGGCACGGAACGUUGGUGGCAAAGCCCUCCUCUUUCACGGGGCUUGGAGUACAAUGAGGUCAACGUGACACUGGACUUGGGCCAGGUUUUCCAUGUGGCCUAUGUCCUCAUCAAGUUUGCUAACUCCCCACGGCCUGAUCUCUGGGUUCUUGAGAGGUCCACAGAUUUUGGUGUCACGUACCAGCCCUGGCAGUACUUUGCCUCUUCCAAAAGGGAUUGUAUUGAACGCUUUGGCCCCCAGACAAUACAGCGAAUCUCCAGGGAUGAUGAUGUCAUUUGCACCACCGAGUAUUCCCGAAUUGUGCCCUUAGAGAAUGGGGAGAUUGUGGUUUCCUUGGUAAAUGGCCGACCAGGAGCCAUGAAUUUCUCAUACUCACCAUUGCUGAGAAACUUCACGAAAGCCACCAACAUCCGUUUGAGUUUUCUGCGCACCAACACAUUACUGGGGCAUCUCAUGGGUAAAGCGCUUCGAGAUCCCACAGUAACCCGAAGGUACUAUUAUAGCAUAAAGGACAUCAGCAUUGGUGGACGCUGCGUUUGUAAUGGUCACGCAGAAGAGUGCAAUGCUAAGGAUCACUCAAACCCAUACAGGCUCCACUGUAAUUGUCAACAUAACACUUGUGGAGGGUCAUGUGACAGUUGCUGUCCAGGAUACAACCAGUUACCAUGGAAACCAGCGACAAUGGAUAACGCCAAUGAGUGUGAACCUUGUAAUUGCAAUGGUCAUGCACAUGACUGUUAUUAUGACCUAGAGGUAGACAGGCGCAGAGCUAGCAUGAACCGCCAUGGCCAAUACGUGGGAGGAGGGGUCUGCAUAGACUGUCAGCAUAACACAGAUGGUAUUAACUGUGAACGCUGCCGAUUAGGAUAUUACAAAUCUCCAGAUCAUUCCACUGAUUCUCCCUACACUUGUCAACGAUGUAAUUGUGUCUCGGAGACCAUGGAUGGGACUUGCGAAGAUCUGACCGGAAGGUGUUACUGCAAACCCAACUACACUGGAGAAACCUGCGAUUCCUGUGCCGAGGGCUAUACAGACUUUCCUCAGUGUUACCCUGUUCCUUCUCCCCCAGAUGGUGGUACAAGAGAGCAAGUCCUUCCGGCCGGAGAAAUAAUCAACUGUGACUGCAAUGUGGUUGGUACUGAGGGCAAUGCCUGUCGAAAGGAUCCUGUCCUUGGAAUCUGUGUUUGCAGACCAAACUUCCAGGGUGAUGCCUGUGAUCUGUGCGCUCCUGGGUACUAUGGUCCGAGCUGCCUGGAGUGCCAGUGUUCUGGACCCGGAGUGUUUGAUGGAAGCUGUGACAGAGAGAGCGGGCAAUGCAUGUGUCGGAGCGGGUUUGAAGGAUUCUUCUGCAAUAAAUGCACUCCUGGCUUCUUCAACUACCCUCUCUGCCAACUGUGUGGUUGCAGUCCGGUGGGCACUGUACCUGAAGGUUGUGACGCAAGUGGCCGCUGCUUCUGUAAGCCACAAUAUGAUGGCCCCAGGUGUGAACAGUGCAUUGUGGGAUACCAUUCUUACCCUUAUUGCCAAGUUUGCUCUUGUGACCCUCGGGGCUCUGUGGACAAUAACUGCUCUCCCACUGGUCAUUGCCAGUGCCAAACCAGUUACACAGGAGCCACGUGUAACCAAUGUGCAACAGGAUAUUAUGGCUUUCCCAGCUGUACACCGUGUCAGUGCUCAGAGGAAGGGUCUUUACACAGCAUGUGUGACUCACUUAGUGGUCAGUGCAGAUGCCGCCCUGGAGUUUCUGGCCUGAGAUGUGACUCCUGCAUUCCCGGAACCUAUGGGUUCCCCAACUGUGAAGUGGGGCCCUGCAAUCCUUCUGGAGUUUCUUCAGUCAGUGGAAGCCCUCCAGAGGUCUCUUGCGAGUGCCGCAAACACGUCGAGGGAGAAGCUUGUGAUAAAUGCAAACCGCUCUAUUGGAAUCUGGUCCCAGAAAAUCCUCAGGGUUGCACAAAAUGUCACUGUGGCUUUGAAGGCACUAUAAACGGGGUAGGAGAGUGUCGACAGACUAGCGGCCAGUGCUUCUGCAAACCCAACAUCUGCAGCCAUUCCUGCAAUAUCUGCAAGGAUGGGUAUUACAAUCUGGAGCCAAACAACUACUUUGGGUGUCAGGGAUGCAAGUGUGAUAUCGGGGGCUCUAUUGGAUUGGCGUGCAAUGAACGAAGUGGUACAUGUCAGUGCCGGGAAAAUGUACAAGGAUCUCAGUGUAACCAGCCAACCAGUGGCCAUUACUUUCCUGAUCUUCACCAUUUGAAAUAUGAGGUGGAAGAAGGUAAAACCGCAGAUGGGCGGCCAGUCCGUUUUGGUUACAACCCUCUGGAGUUUGAGAACUUCAGCUGGAGGGGAUAUGCCCAGAUGUCUCCUAUCCAGCCCAAGGUCGUGUUGACGAUUAAUGUCACCUCACCUGAUCUCUUCAGAGUUGUCUUUCGCUAUGUGAACAGAGGAGCAGGCACUGUGUAUGGAACUGUGUCAUUUGUAGAGGAGAAAAAGUUCAAUGCAUGUGCCAACUGCUCUGAACAGACCAAACAGAUUGUCUUCCCUCCCAGCACUGAACCAGCCUUUGUCACCGUCCCACAGAGCACUUUUGGGGAGCCAUUUGUUCUCAAUCCCAACACGUGGUCGGUGGUAAUCGAGGUGGAAAAUGUUUUGCUGGAUUAUCUAGUUCUUCUGCCCAGUGCAUAUUAUGAGGCACCGAUUCUUCAGGUGAAGGUCACAGAUGCCUGUACUUACUCGCCAACUCCAGAGCAGAGCAAUCAAAACUGCCUUCUGUACAAAUACCUUUCUCUAGAUGGUUUUCCAUCUUCACAAGGUAGUGAUGGAAUCUGCCGCCUGGAUAACAGCCUACCCAGACCCUGUCAGACGGAACAUAUCACAAGCAGGCACCCAGCCAUGGUUCUCUGUUCUGGAAAUGAUGUGGACAUCCAGUUCCGCUUGCCUGUCUCCCAUCCGGGCCGUUACGUCCUUCUGGUUGAGUAUGCUAAUGAAGAGGACAUGCAGAGCGCUAGUGUUGUUGUAAAUUCUCCCCAACUCACACCCCAGUAUGGAUUGAUUAACUUCUACCCAUGUAAAUACAGCUUCCUGUGCCGUGGUGUGGGUCUCGAUUCUCAUCACAGAGUGGCUGCUUUUGACAUCACCACAGAAGCUAACAUUCGCUUUACGGCAGAUAGGGCGCAGUUUUACUUGUGGAAGGUCUACCUAAUACCCUUUGACCAGUUUACCAUGGAAUAUAUUGAACCACGUGUACACUGCAUGGCUGCUCACGGAUCCUUCUCUCCUCCCAGUGGAUCAUGCGUGCCCUCAAGGUUUCAGAAGCCAUCACAGUCAAUAGUGUUAUCAGAAGGGAACACUGGAACUUUUCAAGCUGGUGUUCCCCUUUCUCCAGGGUCCCAGAAACCCACUACAGAUGGUCACACAGAGCCAUCACAGCCAGGACCUCUACCACCAACAGCUGUAGAUGCCCCCAAGCUAAUCUACCUACACCCAUCUCAGCCGGUUGUGGGCUAUAAUGGUCGAAUUCCGUCUCCAGGGCGUUUUGCCUUCAUUGUACAUUACUAUCAGCCUUCCCACCAAACCUUUACUAUCGACGUUACAGUCCAUGGAGGUCGUUUAUGGCAAGGUUCGGCAAAUGCCUCGUUCUGUCCUCAUGCUUAUGGUUGCCGCAGUUUGGUCGUGUCUGAGAACCAGGUCAUUUUUGAUGUGAAUGAUAAUGACCUGUUUGUGACUGUGCGUGUUCCCAAUGGGCGGAUAAUUUGGCUGGAGUAUGUUUUGGUGAUACCUGAGGACAGUCACAGUUCCAGCUACCUUGUGGAGGAGCCUUUGGAUAAAUCCUACAACUUUAUCAGCCAGUGUGGAGCCAACAGCUUCCAGACAAGUCCAGCUUCUUCAAAAUUCUGCAGAGACUCUGCUAUUUCACUCUCUCUAUUUUACAACAAUGGCGCCCAGCCUUGCAAUUGCCAUGAGGUUGGAGCUCUGGGUACCUCCUGUGAAUCAUAUGGGGGACAGUGCUCUUGCCGUCCCAAUGUCAUUGGAAGAGAUUGUUCCCGCUGUGCUACAGGCUACUGGGGCUUCCCCAACUGUCGUCCAUGUGAAUGCGGCUCCCGUCUGUGUGAUGAGGUGACUGGUCAGUGUAUCUGCCCACCUCGCACUGUGAAACCAGAGUGCACAGUGUGUCAGCCCCAGACAUUUGGGUGCCACCCAUUGAUUGGCUGUGAGGAAUGUGACUGCUUAGGAAUCGGACUUCAGAAUGUGACAGAGCCAGGAUGCGAUAUACAGACUGGGCAGUGCACGUGCCAACCAAAUAUUGUGGGUCGUCGGUGUGAAAAAUGUGCCGCUGGAUUUUAUGGCUAUCCCAACUGCAAACCCUGUGAUUGUAACCAGGCAGGAACGGAGCCCACCAUCUGCAACCCAGUCUCUGGGCAAUGUCACUGCAAGGAAAAUGUAGAGGGUACAACCUGUGACCACUGCCGUCUGGGCACCUUCUACUUGGACUCUGAAAAUCCCAAGGGUUGCACCAGUUGCUUUUGUUUUGGAGCCACUGAUCGCUGUCACACAGCAUCAAAGUAUCGAGGAGAGUUUAGUGAUAUGAAUGGAUGGGUACUAGUAGGGGGUGAUCGACAAGAGGUGGAGAUUGUUGUGUACCCAGAACAGGGUCUUGUUGAGGCCGAUCUUAAAGAUGUACCUGAUGUAUACCAGGAGUUCUACUGGCAUGCUCCAUAUGCCUACCUUGGAGACCGGGUUUCAUCCUAUGGUGGUUAUCUCACAUAUGAGCUGCAUUCUGAGGCUAUCAGAGGAGAUGAUCUCUAUAUUCCUGUAGAACGCCGUGCAGAUGUUAUCUUAAAGGGCAACCAGAUGAGCAUUGCAUAUCUGGAGACAAAAUAUCCAACUCCAGGAGAAGAUCACAAAGGUCGAAUCCACCUUGUGGAAGGUAAUUUCAUCCACACCCAGACCCAUAAUCCCGUUUCCCGUGAAGAGCUCAUGAUGGUCCUGGCUAACUUGGAGCAACUUCAUAUCCGAGCUCUCAAUUCUCAGUCCUCUUCCUCGGUGUCUCUGCGUAGAGUAGUCCUGGAGAUUGGACAAGACACCAGUGGGGGCGUGAGAGCCCACAACGUGGAGCUGUGUAUGUGCCCUGCCAAUUAUAGAGGAGACUCUUGCCAGGAAUGUGCUCCUGGCUUCUACAGGGACACAGGGUUAUUCUUGGGAAAAUGUGUACCUUGCAACUGCAGUGGUCACUCUGGUCAGUGCUUGCCUGGCACUGGCGCCUGCGUGAACUGUCAGCAUAAUACAGAGGGAGAUAGAUGUGAGCGUUGCAGAGAAGGUUUCGUAUCUAACGGCACAUUGGAUGGUUCCCUACAGUGUAUUGCAUGUCCCUGUCCUCUUUCCGUACCUUCCAACAACUUUGCCAUUGGCUGUGUCCAGAGAGGAUCAGCCACUCAGUGUCUCUGUCAACCAGGCUAUGCUGGAGCAAAGUGUGAGAGGUGCGCACCUGGUUACUAUGGGAACCCCAUGGUGAUUGGAAGCUCUUGUCAGCCAUGCAAUUGCAAUGGGAACACAGACUCCAACAUGCUAUUUAGUGACUGCGAACCUCUGUCUGGCAUGUGCUCUGGCUGCAUGUUCAACUCUGCCGGUCCUCAUUGUGAUGCCUGCGCGCCUGGUUACUACGGUGAUGCUGUGGUCGCUAAAAAUUGCACCAAGUGUUCCUGCACUCCCUGUGGGGCAGAAUCAUGUAACCCAAAAACUGGACAAUGUCUUUGUAAACCUGGGGUGACUGGGGCAACCUGUGACCGCUGCCAGGAUGGUUACUAUGGCUACAGUGGAUGCUCUGGUUGUCAGAAGUGCAGUUGUGGUGUUGGUUCAGCCAGUGCAAGUUGUAACCAUCACAGCGGUCAGUGCCUGUGUCUCCCAGGUGUUACUGGACCGCGCUGUCAGCAGUGUGCCCCUGGAUUCUGGGGCUUUGGUCCCAGCGGCUGUACAAAAUGUCACUGUAAAGGAGGCUCCUGUGACCCCAGAUCUGGUGAGUGUCAGUGCAGUGAUGGGCUGACAGGGAAGCAGUGUGACCGAUGCAGUCGCCAGUACGAGAUACCGGUCAGUCAUGGACCAGACAUCAUGAAAUGCGAGCCCUGUGACAGUUGUGUGGUGACACUCUUAGAAGACCUGGAUAGAAUGGGAGCACUUCUUCCUGGUGUCAGAGACCAACUUACCAAUUUAAGCAUAAAUUCCAUUGCUUGGACAAAACUCAACAGCCUCAAUGCCUCCAUUGCUAACCUUACGGACCUCUGGCUUCAGUAUCAGAGCUCCGUUAUUGGUAUUAAGGACAAGGCGGAUGACCUGGAGGAUCAGAGUAUAAGUCUUUCUCAGGACCUAGAUGCACUUCAGGAUAAAGUGACAAUGACAAACAGGACAGCCACUAAUGUGCAGAGGACAACCAAGAGCACCAAUCAGAGGGCAAGAGAUCUACUGAACAAAGUGCAGUCUCUGUACAAUGUGUCUCAGGGUCUGAUUGAUCAGCUAAGUCGAAUUGGAUCCUCUAACAAUACAAAUGUCACCUCCACUGAGGAGUUCAGACGGAUUCUGUCUGAGGUUGAGCGCAUGCUCAGAGAAAUGAGAUCCAAGGAUUUCAAGCAUCCCAUGAAUUUGGCUGAGAAGGAGCUUAAAGAAGCCAAAAAAUUACUAGACCGUGUAAAAGCAGAAAUGCUCACCCAACUUCAGACCAACCAGGAUUUGCUGAGCGUCACCAGAAAACAACUGGACAAGUUCAGCUCAGAGGUGAUGGAUUUACGUGAUGCCAUGAAUGAGGCAGUGAAUAAGACGAGGCAGACAGAGGAUCUCAACAGUCUGAACUACAAUAAUCUGGAGGACAACCGGAUGAAGCUUAACGAACUGCAGAAACAACAUGAAGAGCUGGUAAUGGCUAUGAAGAUGGCAGAAGAUGCCCUUGUACAGGUUUCUGAUAUCCUGCAGAUGGUGGAGAAUAUGAAAGAGGAGUAUGAGAAGCUUGCAGCAAGUCUCGAUGGUGCACGUGGCCCACUGAUGGAUAAAGUAAAAAAGUUUUCCCCAGCAAGUAGCAAAAUUCCCAUUGUGGAGAAAGCUGAGGCACAUGCAAAACUUCUGGGACAACUGGCAAAAAACCUGUUCACUGCCAUUGGGGAAUCCAAUCAAGACAUCUUUAUCCAGAAAGCAAUUAAUGCUUCCAAUGCCUACGCCAGCAUCAUAGAUGCCGUGAAACAAGCAGAAAAGGCUGCUAAGGAGGCCAACCGUGCUGCUGGGGAUACUUUAAAGAGUGUUCUCUCAGAGGAACUUGGCAAGAAAGGUAAAGAACUUAAGAAGAAGAGCUCUCAACUUGAGGAAACGGCCAAAAAUGCUCAGACUGAAUUAAAUGGAGAUGUGCAGAAAAAACUGCAGGAUGCCAGAAACAAACUGAAGAACAAUAAGACAAAGAAAGAUAAACUUCAGAAUGAGUUGAGUUCUGCUGUGGAUAAACUCAACAAGAUACAAGAUAACUUCACAGAUGAUAUCACUAGCGCCAAAUUCAAUGCUGCAGAAGCUAAUGACACAGCCAUCCGCGUGGAAGAGGAACUGACUAAAAUAAAGAAGAAACUAGAGUUGUGGGAACAGAAGUACGGACAUUUGAAGAAUGAAGAUGUGAACAAGGCAGUGGAAGAGGCAAAUACAUCUGUUUCCAGCCUGGUUAACACCAUUCCCCUGCUUCUGGACAAGCUAAGUAAUCUGGAAAACAGGAAGAACCAAAAUGGAAGCAUCUCAGAUAGUAUCCAGCGGGUCCGACAGCUCAUUUCUCAGGCGAGAGAUGCUGCUAGCAAGGUCAAGGUUCCAGUGAAAUUUAAUGGCAUGUCCGGUGUACAGCUGCGAACCCCAAGUAAUCUACCCGAUCUCUCAGCCUACACCUCUCUCAAACUCCACAUCCAGAACCCAAAGCCUCUUAACAAAAAGAAGCGUCAGACAGACUCAGACCAAGGACGCUUUGUCUUGUUUUUGGGACACAGAGAUGGAUUGGGUGACUACCUUGGAGUUAUUCUUAAAGGGGACAAGGUACAAUGUGUCUACAAACUUGGGAAAGAGGAGCCCACAUUCCUGUCUGCUAAUGAGGACAUUGGAGAACAGUUUGUCACUGUUGCCAUAGAAAGGAUACUGCAGUACGGCCAGAUGUCUAUCUUUGUGGAGAAGCAAACCUUGCACGAGAUUAAAGGAGACAGUACAGCAAGUGGCGAGGAGGGCUUGCUUAAUCUUGACCCCAAACGGCUAGUGUUCUACAUAGGAGGUUAUCCUCCUGAAUUUACACCCCCAACACCGAUGAAUUAUCCCAAAUACAUUGGCUGCAUUGAGAUGGACACCCUGAACGAAAAGCAGAUCAGUCUCUAUGACUUUGAGAGAACUUUUGAGUUGAAUACAAGCAAGGAUAAACCAUGUGGCAGGUCAAAAUACACUGGGGAUCCUUGGCUGACGGAUGGAUCUUACUUUGAUGGAACAGGUUAUGCGGAAAUUAAACUAGAGGUGCUCCCUGGUUCAUCUAAGAGGUUUGAGCAAGACGUUCGUCUUGUUUCGUACAACGGCAUUGUCUUUUUCCUCGAUGCUGGGGAUCAGUUUCUGUGCCUGGGGGUUCAGGAAGGAAAACUUGUUCUGUAUUAUGAUGUUGGUAAUGGACUUCAGAAGGCUAAACCAAUGGAUCCAUCCAUGAUAUUUGUUAGCAGUUCCGCCACUAAAGUGAUUCAGCUGAUCCUGGCGGUUGUUAGUGGUAAGAAGCGAAUCUUUGUGCGUUUAGAGAGACAGACUACAUUCCUUGAGGAGUAUGAAACCGGGGAGUUGGACACCGCUCGCUACGUUUAUUUAGGAGGGGUACCUCCAAACAAGCUUCCAGAAAGCCUGAGUAAACUAUUCCCUGGAGGAGGAUCCAUCCGAGGCUGUAUGAAGGGACUCAAAGCUUUGGGCAAAUACAUAGACCUUAAGCGCAUGAACACAACUGGCGUCAGUUAUGGCUGCACCUCAGAUCUUCUGGUUGCAAGAUCUGUUCAGUUCCACGGACAUGGUUAUCUUAGUAUGGCCUUGAAGAAUGUGCCUAGUUUGCAAGAUGAUUUCUUCACAGGCUUCGGGUUCCAGACCAGCCAAAGUAAUGGCCUCAUGUACCACCACUCUACAGAGGAAGGAUCAUGCCAAGUAGCACUUCGUAAUGGCCAUGUGUCUGUGAAAGUUCUUAACACGGAGCUAACCUCUAAAUCUGCAUAUGCGGAUGGAGCUGGACAUUAUGUGAUCCUCUACAGCAAUCAGGAUGUGUUGAGCCUCUAUGUUGAUGACCAACUCCAGGAGAUUAAGCCACCUUCAGCCAACAGCCGGAAGAGACGGCAGGAUACGUCUACUACUACAUUCCUCCUUGGUGGGUCGCCGGAGGCCGAUGAGCUAAGAAACAUGACUGGUUGCAUCAGAAAUGUCUUUGUAAAAAGGAAGUUAGAACCACAGAUGGUUCUAGACUUGCAGCAGAAUCAGCAGAGUCAGAAUGUGACCAUGAGCUGUCAAGACAUGACUGAGGAUCGGCCGCUGGAGAUCAGAGCCUUGCUGAAGAAGGACAGGCUUAAAAUGAAGGCUCAGAAGAAAAAACAGGCACUAAUGGGGCGUAGGCACUCUGAAGACUCCUCCUGCAUUAUUCCUAAAGCUGUGAAGGGUGCAUUAAGAUUUAGCGGAGUUCCCUCCAGCUAUAUGGAGUUCACUAAAAUUCCUGGCUCUCUUCAAGAAAGGUUCCACUUCUCCAUGGAAGUUCACCUCAACACCUCCCAUGGGCUGCUCUUCUAUGCUGGUGAUGGGCAUGGCAGCAGCUCACUAGCUCUCUUUGUUUCCAACGCUCGUUUUAUUCUUCUGCUGAAUAUCAGAGGGAAGAAACUGCACUUGAGGAGCAAAGACAAGUACAACGAUGGGCUUUGGCAUACGGUUUUCUUUGGAAGAGAAAAGAACAAGAUGAGGCUGGUUGUAGAUGGACUAAGACCACAAAGCAGUAUAAUCCACCCAGGGGCCACAUUCUCCUUAACAAGCCCACUAUUUAUUGGAGGUGUUCCAACAAUAAAGAGUGGUUCAAACAUCCCGGAUUUCUCCAUCAGUGGUUUCCGUGGUUGCUUGAGAAACUUGAAGUUGGAUGGUAAACCACUAGGCUCCCCAGAUAGGGUCUUAGGGGUGACCCCAUGCUUUGAGGGUGCUACAGAACUUGGGGUUCUCUUCUCUAAUGGGGGAAUCCUAAGCAUAGUGGAUUUGGUUGAUAUUGGCCAGGACCUGGAGUUGAAGCUUGAUAUUAGGCCAAUGAAUCCUUCUGGACUUAUAUUUCAUGUUGGGACUGCAAGCGGACACUUUCUCACACUAUUCAUGGCAGAUAGAAAGGUAACAGUGACCCUGAACAUGGGAACUGGUGAAUUUUCCACAACAGUGAAAUCCAGGCAACCUCUAUGUGAUGGACAGUGGCACACCAUUGCUGUUACCAAAGGAAGUAAUGUUAUCCAGUUAGAUGUGGACACAGAAGGAAAUCAUACAGUGGGAGCAAGUACACCCUCAUCCGUCCAAGGUAGAGGAAUCCUUUAUGUGGGUGGAGUUCCAGAGGGUACUGCCAUGGCAUCUUACCUACCAUCUUCUCAUAUAUCAUACCAAGGUUGCAUGAGGAACUUAGUCUUUAACAGGAAGCUCAUCGACGUCUCUAACUCAGGAAGUUUCACAGGUUCUGCUGGCAUCAAUGCCUGUCCCACGCUUUGAUAGCAACAUGGGUGGCAGGAGGACUGAAAUUUAGCUGUCAGAAUGCACAGACUUGGCAGCUCCUAAUUGUGCCAGUACUGGGUGGCAUUUAGCUCACCUAAAAAUAUAGGUGCUUGAAAACCGUCUUAUGGUUGCUUCAGAGCUAUUAAUUUACUGCUGCAGUGCUGGGAAACAGAUGCCUUAUUUGGCAGUUGAAGAAACAGCCAACCCAUUUAAAAAAAAUAAUGUAUGUUUACUUAGUACUUUUAUCUCCUUUCACUGCUUUAUGGGAACUCUUUUCAGUCUAUUAAAACUAAAGUACUACUUUCAAAGUCAAUUAUUUUUAACUAUAGACACUAGGAUAUUAACUAUUUAAAAAGAUUACAUUUUAACUUCUGAGAAGUGUCCAAAAUCAAACUCAAAAUUUUAAGUUUUAUUAGCAGACAUCUAAAUAUAAUAUUUUAACUUCCCCAUUUACUUGUAAAUGGGUUUGGUUCUUACAUCCACGUUUAGACUACAUGGAGAUGUUAAUAUAGAGUUUAUUGGCACGGUUGAUAUUAAAAAAAAAAGUUAUGCCUAUUUCACUUUCUUUUUAGCUCAAAACCAGUCCUCAAUAGAUCUCAUUACGGAUGUUCUGGCUAUAGAGCUCCACCACCAUUUCACUCUAAUGUAACUGAUGCUCUUCUUGCUUAUAGAUCUUUCCUACCUUGGUGUCAUGCCAUAAUGUUUUACCCAAGAUCAGUGAAACCAAGUUUUCUUCAUAAAUCCACAUUCAAUUUGCACCAUUUGGCAGUUUUUAUUCUCCACAUGAUGGGGGUUUUUUUCACAUAAAGAUUAACGCUUUUAAUAUUUUUUUAUACAGUAGCUCCAAGUGGCUUCCCAUAUGUGUAUGGUGUCUGUUAACCUUUCCAGAGCCUGUGCUUUUCUGCAGCAAUCUAAAACUCUAUGGUUGGUUAUCACCUCAUCUGAACACUAAAAUACAUUGCGACCAUAACCCCUUACAGUUGUUAGAUUCCACAAGUAGCUCUCAGGCACAUAAAGGUUGUAAAUCGUUCCUGUGAAGAUAUUUAUUUUAUUGUACUUGUUUCCUUCUCUGUGGUAGUAAAGCAAAAAUAUAUAAUUUAUAAUUAAAAAUAUUCCACUCACAGAAUUCACAUGUGCACUUACACAUUAAAUAUGUCUGUAUAUAUGCAUGUGUAUAAAAUAUUUAUAUACACUCCACAAUCACACGGCAACUAAGUUUUUAGAGAGGAAAAUUUCUAACUUAUAUUCUAUUUUUUUUAUUCAAAUGUGAUACUUAAUAUCAAUUAGACUUUUAAAAUGUGGGGAUGUAUAAAAAAAAUGUAAUAUUUUGAUUUUUAGUUUUAAGUUGGAGAUAUAUAAAUCUAUGGUACAUUAUUGUAAAAUUAAAAAAAUAAAAAGAACGAUUUUCAA